AUGAAUCUGGCUGGGCACCAACAAUAUCAACAGCGAGUACCAACUCCGCCACCUCCUCCAUCACCAACUCCACCACCCCCUCCACCACCACCUCCACCACCAACUCCGCCUGCACCACCUGCACCACCUGCACCACCACUAUUGCCUUCACCACCACCACCACCACCACCAAGAACAAUUCCAACUUUACUCCCUACUGCAAGACGUCCACAUGUUGAACCACAUUCUCAACAUAGCAUUGGAAAGAUGGAGUGGCUUUGUGAAUACUGUGGUGCACCACAUUGGUAUAAUGAGCGUCUUAAAUCCAAGUCAAGAACCAGACCCCAUUUUGGCCUAUGCUGCUUGCAAGGACAGGUCAAACUGCCUCACCUUCUUCCUGCUCCUGGCGUUCUCCAUAACCUUCUGUGUGGUGUCAGCCCGAUGUCUAAUACCUUUUUAAAAAAUAUCCGACAGUACAAUGCAGCUUUGGCAUUCACAUCAGUAGCAGUGAAGGUUGAUCAGGCGAUUACCAACUCUUCAGGACCAUACUGCUUUCGUGUAUCAGGAGAGCUUCAUCAUCAAAUGGGAUCUCUGCUACCAAGAGAAGGAGAGGAUAUGUCUUAUGCGCAGCUGUAUAUACAUGAUCCGAUGGAAGCAUUAGGAAUGCAUAAUCGCCAGAAUCCCAAUCUAAAGCCAGAGAUCAUGUCAGCACUUCAGGGGUUAAUGCACGAUGUAAAUCCCUAUGUUCCUUUGUAUCGACAAGCAUAUCUCAUUAUGAAGGACAAACCCCGUGAAGAGUAUCCAAAUCUGGAAGUUCGAUUGCAUGUGGGGGAUGAUACAGAUGGUCGGCGAUACAACCUUCCAACAGCUGAUGAGUUAGCAGCUGUCAUUCCUGGAGAUGGAUCUGAGCCUGUGAAGAAUGAACGGGAUAUCGUCUUACGUAUGCACAAUCAGUCUCUCAAGCGCAUCAGCCAACUUCAUCCAAGCUACCAACCUCUUCACUAUGUUCUUCUCUUUCCAUAUGGAGAACUGGGGUGGAAUCGCUAUAUACCUCUGGAAGAGACAGCAAGGAGCACCCGCACAGAGCGUAAAAUGGUCACUCAGCACAGGUAUUAUGCAUAUCGUCUUCAC